AUGGAUACCAAGCGUGACCAGGACGACAAGAAGGUGCCGGUUGACAGGCAAGAGCAGGUUUCCACCGCGGCACCGAAAACGGCAGCGACCGAGAACGCUGCAACUACGCAGCCCUCCGAAGUACACACGGCCGACGAUGACACUCCUCCUCCCAUGAUCAAUCCAACCAAUUAUGAUGAACGCAUAAAAGCCCUCAACGACUGCAUAAUAAGGCUGAACGAGGACAUCACGGCACUCCGCGAAGACAACGCCAGAAUCGCAACAAAGUAUUAA